AGUAUGUUCACAUGCUGGGGACACAGAAAGGGCCAUGUAACGUGUACCCUGGGCAGUGGUGCUGAAACAGACUUGCAGAAACUUUGAGAUGAUUGACAGUUCUCUUUGGUGAGUCAGAAAGCAGGAUGCCUGGUGUGCCCUGCGGGGCCUCGCAUCAAGCCCUGCCUGUUGCUUGUGCCCUUGUCUUCUCCUGGCUAUUACUCUUGGUGCAUGCUGCAUUCAGCCAGAAACCUGCCAAGCUGCCCCUGGUGGGCCGCAAGCCAUUUUUGGCUGCAUGGAAUGCACCACUCGACUUGUGCACCAUCAAGUACAAAAUGAACAUCAGUUUGGACCUUUUUCACAUUAGUGGCAGUCCACGAGCUGUCCAUACAGGCCAGGAUGUCACCAUCUUCUAUCCAAACCGUCUGGGUUACUAUCCGUUCUAUACAGAGCAAGGUGAGGCUGUGAAUGGAGGCCUUCCUCAGAACUGCAGUCUGGAAGCUCACCUCAGCAAAGCUCGCAAAGACAUUGCACAUUUCAUUCCCUCAGAAGAUUUCCAAGGCCUGGCUGUCAUCGACUGGGAGUAUUGGAGGCCACAGUGGAGCCGCAACUGGCAGAAGAAGGACAUUUAUCGAAAACGGUCACGUGAACUUGUCUCCCGGGCCUAUAUCAAUGUGACAGAAGAUCAGAUAGAGGAACUGGCACGUCUACGCUUCGAAAAGAGUGCCAUGGCAUUUAUGCAGAGCACACUGGAGCUUGGCAUACGGGCUCGACCAAAAGGCCUAUGGGGCUUCUACCUAUAUCCAGACUGCCAUAACUACAACGUGCACAUACACAAUUACAGUGGCUACUGCCCCAUGCUGGAGAGUAUGCGCAAUGACGAACUGCUCUGGUUGUGGAACAGCAGUACUGCACUCUUCCCUGCAAUGGCUAUCCGUAAAGACCACAUGGACAACAUUCACAACCUGCACUUCUGCCAGAACAGGGUGCUGGAGUCUAUAAGGCUUGCUUCUAUGACCUCACUACCCUACGAGUUGCCCACUUUUGUGUAUACAAGGCUUGGGUACAGAGAUGAAGCCAUGACAUUCCUGACACAGAAGGAUUUAAUACACACAAUAGGGGAAAGUGCUGCUUUAGGUGCUGCAGGCUUUGUGAUCUGGGGUGACCUUAACCUCACAUCUUCUAGACAAAACUGCUCUAGGGUAAGAACAUUUUUGAACUACAGAAUGGGCCAGUACAUCACCAAUGUGACCCGGGCAGCUGAAGUGUGCAGCGAAUAUCUGUGCCAGUCCAAUGGUCGCUGCGUACGAAGAGACCCAAGGGCACCGGAUUUCUUGCACCUGAGCCGCACCAGCUACCGCAUCCGCUCAAACCGCAAUGGCACAUUCACUGUCACUGGCUGGCAUUCCCAGCAUGAACUACAACAACUGACAGAAAGGUUCCAAUGUCACUGUUACGAAGGGUAUGAGGGCGAGCACUGCGACAGUACAGAGCCCACAUGCACAACGGACAUUGAAGAGAAAGAGGAGGAGGUGGAGGAGGAAGGGCAAGAUCGAGGGGCAGAGAGUUCUGCUGAGUCUGUGAGAAAUGCCCUUGGCCUGGUUGUGCUGUUCGUUUUGUUUACCUUUGCCUGUAUUUAAAGCACUGUGGUACAGCUAUCCAAUGGCACAUGUAGUGACCAAUGUUUGUAUGCAGACAUUUUAUUUUAUACAAUCAUGUUAUAGGUUGAUAUCACUUGAAGCAACAGAAAAAUAGUCAUUCAAUGACUACAGUUUACUUACGUUUACUGUUAAGUUGGUGUUCUUUACUUGUUAAAGUUUUAGCUUUGUUUGCACAAACUGUAGUACUUGCUUAUAUAAUUUACUAUAGUAAACCUACAAUAUUAAAGUAAGCAAAUGCUGUUUAUCUGAGAACUUUUUUGUUUUUAAUGAAAUUCUCCAUCUAUAUCUCUCUUAAUAACGCACAUAUAUGGUUAAUAAGGUUGUGUUUCAGAUGCCAUUUGCUAUAAAUCCACUCAGUAUCAGAGAUUACUGAUGACACAAAUGUUAUUGAUUUGUAAUGACAUCACUCAUCAUUCUAGGAAUGCAAAAGAAGAAAAUUGUACAUAGUAGUCUUAGAGAGGCUAUAUUAACAACACAAUUCAUUAAUCCACUCUGUUGUGUGAUUAAUAGUAGAUUGAUUACCACUCCAAUAGACAAAAAUGGAGUAAGUAAUUUAUCUGAAGUUAUCCAAAGUCCAAUAAUCUAAGAAUAAUAAUUACAGAACAGCUUCUCAACUUGAACUAGACAUAAGACAAAUACUUAACUGCAUAGUGAAAAGAGGAAUAAUGUAUCUUAAAUGUUAUCAUUGUGAUACUUUGCUUUAAAAAUACCAUCUUAUUUACCUGAAGAUUACAUACAAUAUAAGUCAUACGCUCAGUCAUUUUCAAUUCUUAUUAUCAUCGACUCAUAUCACCUGAAAAUAUUACCACAAGUCAUGGUACAAGACAAACUGAAUGUUGAAAAAAAUUGACAAAUGUAAAUAUAAUUCACUAAAUCUUUUUACAAAUGUUUAUUACAAAAUACUGAAAAGAGGAAAACUGGAUCAUUUCUAGCUUUUUAUUAUUAUUUUUUAAACUCGGUACUCUUUGAAUGUUUCUAAAUACAUAUAGACAAACUGCAUAAUCACCACAAACCAAGCACAAAUAUUACUGCCUUACUUUUUCCAGUAUUAACAUGUAGCCUAUUAGUAACAUUACAUUUUACCGUUAGUGUUUUAUUGCUGAAGUUUGUUUUUGCAUUUUCAUUUAAAACAAAGCACAGCAAUACUAUCAGAAACAGAGGAAUUAAUACAUACCUCAUUUUGAGUCAUUUUUCUCAACUUUUCUGAAUGUCCAUUUCCGCAAUACCACAAAACUCACUACACAGAAUAUUCAAAGGAUGUUGGAUAACUUGAUUGUUGUAUUUCAAUAACUUCACAAUUCUUUUAUAUUGAAUAGCAUUUCUACAAACUGUUGCCAACUUUUUUUUUUUACCUCAUCUGCU